UUACAUGGUAAUCCUGAACAACACUUAGAAGUUAGAGCAGCUGGUAUUGCAUGUAUGAGAGAUAAUCCUGAGAGAUUUAUUGAAAGUAAUACUGAAAUCUCUUGGUUAGAAUACCUAAAUGAUAUGUCUAUGCAAGGGACAUGGGCUGGUGCUAUGAUUAUACAAGCUGUUGCUGACCAGCUUAAGUUAAAAAUUACUAUUGCUGAAACACGUGAAGGGUUUAGUGAAUACAAUAUUAUACAACCAGUAGAACCUACACAGCAACUAACUAAUAUCUAUUUGGGUCAUAUAGAUAAGUACCAUUAUGUAUCAACAUUGCCAUGUUCUUCAAUAUCAAGUUUAUGUCGUAAUGAGUUAAAUUCUACACGACAAUUAAAUACAAUUAGCAGAAAUGUUGAAAAAAACAUUAAUCCAAGUAUUAGCAACAGAAUAGGAAAUGAACCUGUGAGUCCUGAACAGUUGAUACAAAUCUCGCAGUCUAAACAAAUGAAAACACAGUACAUGAGACAAUACAUGAAAUGAAAACGAGUUAAUACAACACAGAGCCCUGAGUCGAAGGAAAAGAAAAGGCAAUACAUGAAGGAAUACAGGAAACGAAAACGGGAAGUAUACAGGAAGAAAAAAAGUCCUGAAGUUGAACCACUAUAAAGUUUAAUAUCCAAAUUUCAUGAUAUUGUCUCACAAGGUCCUCUUUAUAUUUGCACAUGUUGUGACCAAUUAUGGUACAAGCAUAGUGUCAUCCCUGCUGCAUCACUAAAGGAAAGUAAUCCUGAUGCUCAAAAGAGAUUAUUAAAUAGAAAAAGUCUCAACAAUGUUGAGUGGUUGUGUCGAACAUGUAAUAAGCACUUAAAAAAUAAUAAGGUGCCUCCUUGUGCAGCCAUAAAUGGGAUGCAAUUCCCAGAAAAGCCUUCAUUUUUUGAUUUAAAUGAAUUAGAAUGUAGAUUGCUUGCUCCAAGACUUGCAUUUCAAAAAUUGAUGCAGGCUCCAAGAGGUAGACAACUAAAAAUUAAUGGAAAUAUUGUAAAUGUUCCAGCAGUUGUUGCUAAUACUGUUAACAUGUUACCAUGCAAGGUUACCAAAUGAAACAAGCACCAUUAAAGUAAACCUAAAAAGAAAGUUGCAAUACAAAAGUUCAGCUUUGUCACUUAAUGUUAGACCUAAUAAAGUAGCGGAGGCUGGCAGAUGGCUUGUAAAUAAUGGUAACCUUUAUAAAGAUGAAGGUAUAACUUUCAAUGACACUUGGCUUGAAGACAAUUCAAAUAAGUUGGUGUUUGAUGAUAAUUGUGAUGAUCAAAUAUCAGAGGGUUCAGAAACUGUUGACUGUAAUGCAGACAAGACCCAGCAAAUAUUAACGUGUGAUGAUGACAAUAACUGGAGUGAAGAUGAGGCAGAAAUGCCUGCUGGAAUCACUGACACUAUGUUAACAUCUCCAGAUUUUCUCACUGAUAAUGAACGUCAGCAUAUUUUGAAUCUUGCACCUGGUUAAGGCAAUAGGCCUAUGAGUAUUUUUAGGGAUAAGUAUUCAGAGGAAUUAGCAUAUCCUGGUAUAUUUCUCGGACAGAAAAGACCAGACAAUACAAAAAGACUAACCAAAGUCCAUUAUAGUGAAAUUUGUAAAUCUGAAUUAAGAAGGUCUGACCGAAGAGCUGCAAUGUGUGUGGAAAAUCUUUUCUUUAAAACUAAGAAAUUGCAAAUGAAAAUUUUGCUAGGGCAAUCACAAGUUGCAUUAAGAAAAUGUCAACAGAAUAGUCACACAAUCACUGCUGGUCAACUAAAACAACCGGGUGCAUUAGAUAACAUGAUUCAUCAUGAUCAAGGAUUUAAAUUUCUUAGAGCUGUAAGGGGUUCACCUCCAUAUUUUGAAAAAGCCAAAAAGGAUAUAUUUGCAAUGAUAAGACAAUUAGGACCUGCUUCAUUAUUCUGUAGUUUCUCUUCCGCAGAAACACAAUGGGUUCAUUUACUGAGAAUACUUGGUAAGCUUCUUGAUAACAAAGAAUACACUGACAAUGAACUUGAGAAUCUCAAUUGGGAAGAGAAAUGCAGAUUAAUUCAGAAUGAUCCAGUGACAUGUGCUAGGCACUUUGAUUAUCAGGUACAAAAAUUUCUACAAAAUUUUCUCUUAACUAACUCUGCACCUCUAGGAAAAAUUGCAGACUGGUUUUACCGAGUUGAAUAUCAACAAAGAGGAUCACCUCAUAUUCAUAUAUGUUAAUAUGGCUAGAAAGUGCUCCAACAUUUGGUGAAGAUUCUGAUUGUGAUGUUGUCUCAUUUAUUGAUAAAAUUAUCACGUGUGAAAAGCCAACUGAGAAUGCAGAGUUACUUGCACUUGUCAACAGGCAGGUUCAUCGUCAUUCCCACACUUGUAGAAAGAAAUCCAAAAGUGUAUGUCGUUUUAAUUACCCACAACCACCUAUGCGGUCAACUAACAUUUUAUAUCCAUUAGAUGUUGAUAUGGAUGAUAAUGAACAACAUGAAGAUACUUACAAGUUUAUAAAGAAACAUCUGAAUGACAUGAAAGAGGGUGAGGAUAUUACAUUUGAUCAAUCCCUUACCAAACUGACAGAUAUGUGACAGAUAUAUGUCACAGUUCUGUAAAAUAUCUGCAAAAUAUAUGUUCGAAAGUAUCUGCCACAUAUCUGCAACAUAUAGGAAUUUGGCCCCAUAACAUAUCUGUCACAGUUAUGUGGCAGAUAUCUGUCACAGUUAUAUGACAGAUAUCUGUCACAUAUCUGCAACAUAUAGGAAUUUGGCCCAAUAACAUAUCUGUCACAGUUAUGUGACAGUAUAGUUUCCCUGCAGAUAAAAGUAUCUGUAUAUUAUCUACCAAACAGGUAUGUCACAUAACUGCCACCAA